AGAAGAAUACCUGAGCUCAGUGGUUCACCCUUGGUGGUUUCGUAAGCUUCUGAUUUUGCUUUGUUCAUUAAUGAUAGAUAUAUAUUUGGUUGGCUGUGCUUGCUCAUUUGGGCUAUAUGUUUACAAGAAGUUGAAUAAGCACCAAGAAACUGGUCCUGAUAGCAAAAUUUGGAAAAAGCCAAGGAAAUUUAUUUCUCAUAUUGUAGAUAUAUAUGGAAAGAUAUGGCAUGGUUAUGAAGUUACUGGCAUGGAGCAUCUCCCUAAAGGACCAGGGAUUAUUAUUUAUCAUCAUGGAGUUGCUCCUCUCGGCUAUUCCUUAUUUGCGGCUAGAUAUUUUUUAGAGACGGGGAGACUGUGCUUUUCAUUAAUUCAUCAUUUGGGGAAUUGGAUACCAGGGCUGCAGAUGGUUUUUUAUGUGAGCGGGUUGAAAUCUUACAAUAAAGCUGAAAUUGUGGAAAUGAUGAAGAAAGGCCAUUUAAUGGGCAUUGCACCUGGUGGAGCUAGAGAAGCACUGUUUAGUCACGAUUACGGCAUAAUGUGGGAGAAACGCACAGGUUUUGCUCAGGCAGCUUUGGAGGCGAAAGUGCCCAUCAUCCCUAUUUUUACACAAAACAGUUGUGAAGCAUACAGGACCAUUGGAAAGACAAGGCUGACAAAAUGGCUGUAUGAUAAAACUCGAGGUAUAUUCGUCCUCAUUUACGGAGGGUUUCCAGUGAAAUUGAGGACAUUUAUUGGAGAACCCAUCCCAUAUGAUCCAAAUAUAACAGCUGUAGAGCUGGCUCAAAGAGUGAAGAUUGCACUUGAAAAUCUUCGGGAUAAACACCAAAAAAGGCCAGGAAAUAUAUUAAGAGCUCUUUCAGAACGAUUUGAUAAGCAUUACAAAGCUAACUAGUCCAUAUAAAACAGUUGCAGUGUUUCUGACGAGGUGUCUGUAAUAGGAAGCAUUAAUACUUGUGUUAUUAAAGCUAAGUUGA